CUUAGGACGGGUAAAUCGGAGGGAAUGUCUUUAAUUGAGCCUUUGAUUCUCGAAGGCAUAGAAAAAGCAACGGGGUUUGAUUACCGAUGGGGUGCGCUGAGGCGAAGGAAAACUCUCCAAAUGUCGCCUAUCCGCUUCGGGUGAAAAGCAUAUAUAAAGACAAGUUACGUAUCUCAUAAAGGCUUUUUCUAAAAUGAUAUGACAAGUUUGCCACCUGCCGUUCAAAAUAAGGCGCUUCUAUACACAAGCAUUCUCUCCUUAAUGUACGUAGAGUAAUAAAAGCAAUGAAGUCGGUGGCCAAGCGAGGGUUAAAAAUUUGGUGCGAAUGUUGCUGUGCAGUGUUGAGAACAUGAAUUAAGCUUUAUGAUUUAAAUUAAUAAAUUAAAACUGAGCGUUAAUAAAAUAAUAAAAGAUGGAGAGUGGUCGAUGUGCGAAAAUCCACGGAUGAAGGUUUUGGCAAACAAAUAUUUAUGGAAGGAGAAUCUGAAAAUUUUAACGGACAUGCAAUGUUGAUAGAUUAUAGGAAGAGGAGCCUAGGAGGAAGGGGAAUGGCAUGAAAUGGAUUGUAUUGAAAAGGAGCAGCCUACAUCAAAAUAUUUUAUUAUAUGACCUACUUCAUUGCAAAAGAACUUGUAAAAAAGUCUGCGUAAUGAGGAAGAAAGACAAAUGGAAAGACAAAUUGUCUUUAAACAGAAAUAAACUGCAUGGAACAUUGCAUAGCUGAGAUAGAGAACUCAUAAACAAAAGAAAGCAUACUUUUUAAACACUGAAAUGGGAAAGGAUUACUAUUCUGUUCUUGGAAUUGAAAAAGGAGCAUCUGAUGAAGACAUCAAGAAAGCAUACCGAAAACAAGCCCUUAAAUGGCAUCCAGACAAGAAUAAAUCUUCCCAUGCAGAAGAAAAAUUCAAAGAGAUUGCAGAAGCCUAUGAGGUAUUGAGUGAUCCCAAAAAAAGAGAAAUUUAUGAUCAAUUUGGAGAAGAAGGUUUGAAAGGAGGGGUUGGUGGACCGGAUGGUCAAGGAGGUACUUUCCGUUAUUCUUUUCAUGGAGACCCACAUGCUACAUUUGCAGCAUUUUUUGGUGGCGCAAACCCUUUUGAAAUGUUCUUUGGCAGAAGGAUGGCUAGUGGCAGGGACACUGAAGAUAUGGAAGUGGAUGGUGAUCCAUUUGGUUCCUUUUCUACUUUUAAUGUGAAUGGAUUUCCAAGAGAAAGAAACACAGUUGGUAAUCAACCCCGUCGUAAACAAGAUCCUCCUGUUAUUCAUGAACUGAAAGUAUCAUUGGAAGAGAUUUAUCAGGGCUGCACGAAAAGAAUGAGAAUUUCCCGAAAAAGGCUCAAUCCAGAUGGUAGAAGUGUCAGAACAGAAGAUAAAAUCCUUACAAUUGAUAUUAAGAGAGGAUGGAAGGAAGGUACCAAAAUCACAUUCCCCAAAGAGAGCGAUGAAACACCCAACAACAUCCCAGCUGAUAUUGUAUUUGUUAUUAAAGAUAAAUUACAUCCUCAUUUCAAGAGAGAUGGUUCAAAUAUAAUCUACCCUGUCAAGAUUAGUUUACGGGAGGCUUUAUGUGGCACCUCAAUCAAUGUACCAACUAUAGAAGGCCGAACAAUACCUAUGACAGUAAAUGAAGUUGUAAAGCCUGGAAUGAGAAGGAGAAUUAUAGGAUAUGGUUUACCAUUUCCUAAAAAUCAUGAGCAACGAGGUGACUUAAUUAUAGAAUUUGAAGUAAUUUUCCCAGAUAAUAUAGCUCCAGCCUCAAAAGAAGUACUCAGGAGAAAUCUUCCUGUAUCAUAAAGAACCUAUCAGUGAACUGUUCCGAAUAGACAUUGAACAUCAAGGACUUUCAGGUUUAUGCUGUAAAAGUUCAGUCUAUAACUGUUGAACUUUUCUUUUGUGUGUGCAGGUAGGGAAGUGAAUUAUGCAGUGUUGCAUGAGAAUUGGAGUACAAAAUACAAAGACUUGCAACCAAGUAUAAGGCUAUUACUACUUACCGUUUGUUGGAUCUUCCUUUACAAAACACUUUAUCCAGUAUUUUGUGUCCAUGUAAUCAUGGGUAAAAAGGGAACACCUCUGUCCGUGUAUUUCUAAUAAAGUGCAUAAUUUGCUAUGCACUUUAAUUCAGAUAAUCCCGAUUAUCUCUGUGAGUUAAAAUAUCACAGUAUUAGAGUUCAUUAUAUGAAUCUAUGUAACAUUUGCAAUAUUUAUUUUAUAUAUAUACUCUUAAGCUGCAUUACCUUCUGCACAGCAGCAGGCAAGUAACAUCACUUAAAAUGUUUAUGAGCUCAAAGAAAAGGUGGGUCUUACAUUAUUGUACCAGUCUGUGAAUUCCUUUAGUCCAUAUUCUGGUAGUAGACAUAGCAACCGAAUAGAAAAUAAAAUUUGAUGGCCUACUGUUUUUGGCCUAAUAGAUUUCCAGAUAGAAAUUGUUGUGAAAAUGCAUUAAUGCUCUCUGGAACUUAUAUUUUAUGAAGCGGCAUACUUAUAAGCAUCAUCUGAUUAAUUAGCCUAAUUCAGUAACGAUUGCAAUCUUUCUCAAGUUUAGUAUGAAUACUUGAAAUUCAGACAAACUGAAAUUUUUAUGAAUAUGUAGUGAAUUAUUUGAAGAAAAAGUAAUGAAACUUUAUUUUUGAAAAGAAGUACAUAUCCAGCUAAUAUCCUUGGGCAGCAGAUGAACAGUAUUAAAAUUAAGGCAACACUACUUGUCUUGUAAUAUGGUCAAAUGGAAAUAUUCAUGAAAUUAUUUAUCUUGUUUACAAUAAAACUUAAUUUUAUUCAGUCAAAGUGUGCUAGAAAGCACCCUUAAGUGACAAGCUGUUUAACAAUUAUGUAAAAAGUUAAUGAUACCAGUUUUCUAAAACUAGCAUAUUAAAAUCCAAAAUAGUUGCAGUAAUUGAUAGUGGGAGGACACGCUUUAAAAACGACUCCUGAGUGAAUGGGAAUUUUUUUUUAAUGGAAUUUAGUACAAAGGCUGUAAACUGACAAGGUGUGCAAUCUUAAACCAGGACUAUGGAAAGCAUUUGAAAGAGGUAUUUCACAAAGCACAUUAAAAUAAAUGAAGGAUCAGUCUUCAAAGUAGUAAAACAGUUGUCUUCUUUGCAAAUCUCAUGUAGCUUCUUCAGAAGCUCUUCCCAGUUGUCUGCAUGCUCAUACACAGAACAUUUUUGCUGAGACACCUGCAUGUGGAGUAAGCAAAGACUGCUUUCAAACCAGUUGCAUGUGCCUUGCAAAGGACCUGAUUACUUUAAUGCUUUGAAGCAAAAUGCUGUUUAUGCUAAAGUACUCUGCAAACAACCUCUUUUGAACACCUUAUAACAUCUCUUUCUGAAACUAGAGAGAAUCUAUAAAGCAAGUUUUAAUGACACUAAAAAUGAGAACAAGAAAACUACUACUUUUUAUUUGUGCACAUUGUAAAUGUAUUUAAAUAUACUUUAUGAUAAUGUAUUGCAUUUCAUAUUUUUAAAUAUUAAACUAUUAUUUUUAACUUUUUUUCUUCCAAUUGUCAAUUUGAUGCAUGAGAGCAAAUGAAAAUAGUAUUUGACAUUUGAAACAACACGUACCUGCAGUAUGGAGAUAAUGCACUAUACCAGUGUUUCUCAAUUCUGGGAACUCUGGGAGUUGGAGUCUACACAUAUGCAAGCUGCCAAUGUCUAUUCUGUUAUUAAGAGUAAAUGCCGAUGAAACCUAUGGCAUUUACAAGAUAGGAAAGUUCUAGAUUGUAUAGUUAAAUGAAUGGGUUUAUAUAUUAUAGUAAAAUACUGUAAGACCAUUUUUAAUAGUUUCCUGUUUUGUUGCAUAGGUCAGUUGUAUUUACACGCAAUGCUAGACUACAAUCCAUGGUUUACAAACUACAGUGGUUGUGUUCAUGCAAUGUGUACAAAACUAUUUUUUCUAGCUGUAAAUUCAAUAUCUUUUAAUAUUAAGAGACGGUAUCAAAGUGAUCAAUUGAUAAUCCCACAGUUGUCAUCUGAUCUAAAUAAAUGGUAAUGUUUUGUGGCAGUAGCAUGUGACAUGAUAAAUGUAUAUUGUAGAAGGAGCUCUGAAUUUGUCCUGAAUAUGCCAACUUUUUUAUUUAUUGCAUUUCAAUCUUGUCGUUCUUCAUGCCUUAAUUAUCUCCUGAUUAGACUAUUCUAAAACCCUCUUCAUAGGAUUGCUCUUGAAAAGCAUUCAGAAGCUUCAUCUGGUUUAGAAUUUGGCAUGAGCCCGCAAGUUCCUGGGUGUAAUUCAAGAUGUGGUUGUCACCUUCAAAGCCCCCUAGAUGGCCUGGGACUGUAUUUGCAGGUCUGCCUAUCCCCAAUGGUUUCUGCCUAUGUUACCGGAUGUGGCAGAUUGAGCAUACUCUGGCGCUAGAUGAGGUAAUGGUGAAUUGGCCUUACAAGUGUGAUUAAUUAAUAAAAAUAAUCGAUAAACACUUUAUUAAAAUGAGAAGCUAUUGAAUGGAAAACAGCAAUGAUGCAAAAUAACUAGCAGAAAUAUGCAAAACAUAUGUAAAAUUCUGGGAAUGGAAUAAUGCCCAGAAUACAGGAAUAUUCAGUGUUUCUUUUAGAUCACACCAAUCUAGCUGUUGCUGGGAAGAUCAAUACUGGAUUAAAUCAGAAAAAAGAAAAAUAGAACAUUCCAAUGUUUCCCAAAAUAUUUUUUUGAAGGCUUUAAGAGCAUUUUUCUGUUACACAUCACUAUUUUGCUGAUUAUAAAUUUAGCUAUAUCAUUCUUUAUUAUUGAUUCACUGGUAGACUUUCUCAUUUUGCUGAAAACUAAUCUUGGCCUUACGUGUCUCCUUCUGAAUAGUUGGUUAAUAGUAUCAAGUUAUAUUGUGCAAUCAUUCUAUCUCUUCUUCCAUAACAGAUGUUUAAAUAAAACCCAGAAAGAUAAACUUCACUUUUGCCGCCUCCUUCCAUUUUCUGCAUCGGAAAAGGCAAUUGCAAAAUAACAAUUUCCUCUAAAAGUCUUCUCUUUCAAGACAAUCCAAAAGAGGCACCCACAGACUUGCAUUAGAAGCAGUAAAACAUUGUUUGCUAAUACGUCCCAAACUUAUAUAUUUCUUGAAAGUCACAGUGAAACCCAUGUAUAAAACUACACUUCUGUUUUAAGCUAUUAUAACACUGAUUGUUUUUAAAGAAGGUUAAGACUUUCUUUUUGUCUUUGAUUUUAAAGAGAUGUAGUUCCAGAAGGAUUGAAGAAGCAGUCAUCCAAAUAAAUGCCAAUAAUUUAAUAAAUAAAUAAAGCUGAAGUAGAUGUG